UGACAGAAAAAAUCCAUCCACCCUUGCGCGAAUUACGCUCUCGGUGUAAGAGUGUGUGCGGUGUGUGUGUGUAAGCCUACCUCCGUCUCUAGAGUGGUGCGUUGUGUGUGCUCCGUGUGCUGGGUGGAAAAAAAUCGAAGCCUUCCCAACUUGCCAUCGCCAAAAUCAUCAGCGCGUUGACCGUGUGGUGUGGUGUGGACUCCCGCAGCUCGUUGCGGACCAGCGGCUUCCGGCUUUGCGGGCUGGCGUUUCUCGGUGUGUGCCACAACCCUGCGGAAGGUUCCUCUGCGUUCCGAUUCUCACCAACUUUGGGAGUUGAGAUUCACCCCCCCGCUCGCAAAAUCCGUCAGUGCGCCCUUCAUUACUAGGGACGACGGGGGAGGACAGCAACAGUAGCAGCAGCAGCGGCAGCAUUGGUGGUGUAGUGCGGUGGUGCACACCGGGUACACGGCAACCCUCGGAUUUCCAAUCUUUUGUGCCCACUGGAGGAGAACAAACCCAAUUCGAUGAUGGUGUGAUAGAGCUAACACGGUCGGAAAUGCUCCAGCAGGAUCAUCUGGUUGACAAUAAGCAUUUUGUCGUGUCGCUAUCCCUGGGCAAUACGCUUAUCAAUCUCAACAAAAUCAAGUGUCCACAGUGCCGGAAGCGUUUCGAUACGAUGGAGGAAAUGGAACAGCACCGGACGAAGCAUUUGACGGAGAACAAGUUCAAGUGCGAAAUAUGCAGCAAAGAAUUUCCCAGCCAUAGUUCCAUGUGGAAGCACACCAAGGCACACACGGGCGAACGUCCUUUCGUUUGUCAGAUUUGUAACAAAGGCUUCACCCAACUGGCCAACCUGCAACGACAUGAUCUCGUCCACAAUGGACUAAAGCCGUUCAAGUGUCCCAUCUGUGAAAAAUGCUUCACCCAGCAAGCCAACAUGCUGAAACAUCAACUUCUGCAUACCGGUCUUAAGCCGUACAAAUGUCCGGUGUGCGAGAAAGCGUUCUCGCAACAUGCAAACAUGGUCAAACAUCAAAUGCUUCAUACAGGAUUAAAGCCGUACAAGUGUCCCGUUUGCGAAAAGGCAUUUACGCAACACGCCAACAUGAUUAAACAUCAAAUGUUACAUACUGGUCUCAAGCCAUACAAAUGUCCUGUUUGUGAUAAAGCCUUUACGCAGCAGGCCAACAUGGUGAAACAUCAAAUGUUGCACACCGGCCUUAAACCGUACAAAUGUUCCACCUGUGGCAAGGCGUUCGCCCAGCAGGCCAACAUGGUCAAACACGAGAUGCUUCAUACCGGUAUUAAACCGUACAAGUGUCCCACCUGUGACAAAGCAUUUGCCCAGCAAGCGAACAUGAUGAAGCAUCAAAUGUUGCACACGGGAUUGAAGCCGUACAAGUGCGGCACGUGCGACAAAGCGUUUGCCCAGCAGGCCAAUAUGGUCAAGCAUCAGAUGCUGCAUACCGGUUUAAAACCGUACAAAUGCAAUACCUGUGGCAAGGCAUUCGCCCAGCAGGCCAACAUGGUCAAACACGAGAUGCUUCAUACCGGAAUAAAGCCAUACAAAUGCUCAGUUUGUGAUAAAGCCUUUGCCCAGCAGGCCAACAUGGUCAAACAUCAGAUGCUCCACAGCGGAAUCAAACCAUACAAAUGUCCUACCUGCGACAAAGCAUUUGCCCAGCAGGCGAACAUGGUGAAGCAUCAGAUGCUCCAUACGGGAGAGAAACCAUUCAAAUGCAAAAGCUGUGAUAAGGCUUUCUCACAAAACGCCAAUCUGAAAAAGCACGAAAUGGUACAUCUCGGCAUACGGCCCCACACCUGCCCGCUGUGCACGAAGUCCUACUCGCAGUAUUCGAACCUGAAGAAGCAUUUGCUGAGCCACCAGAAGCAGGCGAUCAAGCAGGAGCAACAGAACGGUCAGGUGAUGGCUAUCCUCUACAGCUGCCAGACGUGCAAGAUGCAGUUUGAGGAUAUCAUCGAGUUCGAGCGCCACACCAGACGGUGCGGCAUCAGCACCGUGCAGCAGCACAGCGUGAAGCUGGAAAACAUCAAGAGCGAGGUGGAUAUCGAUGGCAGCUCCAACUCGGGCAUGCAGCAGCAGCAACAGCAGCAGCAACAGCAGCAGCACAUUAUUACCACCUCCAAUGCCACGAAUGGCAACGGGAUCAGCGUCAGCCAGUCGCAACCGCCGACCCCGAUGCACAUUCCGUCGGCCAUCCUUACCUCCGUCAUCUCGUCGUCGGUCGGCUCGAACGUGACCGCGCACAAUCUGGUGUCGGCCCACUCGCACCACGGCGGCCAUGUGACGACCAACGGGGGCCUCCUGUCCGGCGGCAUUCCCACCGGCCAUCCGCACGCCCAGCAGCAGCACACCCCACCCGGUGUGGGCGGGCUUCCCCAGCAGCAUCCUUCCGCUCACGCUCAACAGCAGCAGCAGCAGCAGCAGCAACAAGCCCAUCAGCAGCAGCAGCAAGCCCAUCAGCAGCAGCAACAGCAGCAGCAACUGUCACCGCUCAGCAGCCACCAGCAGCAUCUGGUGCUGCAGCAGCAGCACAACCUGCCCAUCCAUCUGCAGCAGCAGCUGUCCCACCAUCUGAUCAGCAGCCAUCUGCCCCACCCGCAGGACCACGGCGGUGCGGGCGGUGGGGGCGGCGGCGACCUGCACCAUCAGGUGAACUUUCACCAUCCGCACAUCUCCCACCUGCCGAACAUAUCGCACAAGAUCCUGUCGCCGCUGUUCCACAUUCCGCCGUUCAACAACAACCACAGCACAUAAUGGAGCGCUUGCAAGGGACCGGCGCUGCGGCCGCCGCCGGGCACGGUUGUCGUCGAUCCGGCGGCAAUCGGUCCGGCGCCGGCCGGCGUGGUGUCCCUUCUGCCGAAUGCGGCGGCCUGCCUUCCAUCCACCUCCGCCUCCUCCCCGAUGGUGCUGCCGUUCGUCGUGAAGGCGGAAAAGCCGGACGAGGAAAUUGGGGGUGGUGUGUAGGAGCGGAUGGAGGAACUGUGUACCCGCGGGUAAGUAGUCGGUCACGGUGCACUUCCCCAAACACCACUGUCUGUGUGAGAGAGAGAGAGUGUGUGUAGGGGGUAAAAGGGAUGGAAAAGAAAGCAACAAAACAACACCCAGUCAGGAACAUGGGACGCGAACUCUCAGUCACACACACACACUCCCGAGAGAGGAGCAAACGGGGAUGAGCAGCAAAAUGGCAGUUUUCAUGUGGAGAGCGGGACUCGAUGCGAACGAACACGGUUCUCUUAAAUACUCAGGAGGAAAUUAAGGAGGGACAAUCUGUAAAAAAAAACACACACACACACACACAUGGCGGUAAAAAAGCAAUGCAAAUGAAGGUGCAGGACAGUGCUUCGCCUCCUCCCUCUCAUACUUUCCAAAACUCCCAUAUUCUGUGGGGGUUUUAUUUUCGCGGUGGAACAUCGGUUAAUGUGCUGUUUUCCUUUUUUUAUAUUUUUAUAACAUCGUUAGGAAUUAGCGCACAUACACACACACACAAACACAGCAAGAUUACCAUAUUGUUCUUGGUAAUGAUUUUAAGAAGCGAUUGUUUGCGGACAAACGAUAUAUCCUUUUUAGUAAGGGCGACGUUAUAGUGUUAGGAAGUGUGGGUGUGUGUGUGUGUGUGUGUGUUAGAGAGGUGCAAUUAAGAGGUGAAGAAUGAAGUCCAGCAGCAGCUACACCCUCAUUUAGAGAGAGAGAAAGAAUGUGCUUUUGUGAAAUCUAUAUGCAUAGUAUGCGCACAGUCAUCCCAUGGAACUACACACACACACACACAUACAGAUAUAUAUUAGAGCUAACGUAGUAUCGUGUACUUGUAAAGUUAUAUCUUACACCGUUGUGUGUGUGCCGCAUUCGAAUGUCGAAAAUGUGUAUAUUUUUAAACAUGCUUUAUGUAAAACAAACAAACAAACAAACACAGCAGGGACAUGUGUUGUGGGUGGGGCAGUGCGUGCAGCAGCAGCACGCUUAUCCUUUAUCUCUCUGCGCUAACGUGCGCCGUAAAGACACACAGACAGACAGACACACUUUGAGUGAAGGACAGAGUGAAAGGACUGUGAAAUGGCAUUGGCACAUGAUGUAGAUUGUAGGUUUUUGUUUUACGCCAUUAGACGCGCGUGUAACAACAGUGAUAAAAGAAACAAAUGUGGCGGACAGGAAAGGUGAGGAGACGUGUAUGUAUUAUUGCAAACAAACAAACAAACAAAACGCAAAGACUGCACACAAGCAUGAGGAGGGAAGGAGGAGGACAGGAAAGUGGGGAGCACUACACUGAGAGAGAGAGAGAGAAACAGGGAAAAAAGAGACGAAACAUUAAAGGGAAAUAGUGUGAUAGAACUGUCAACGGUUCGAGUCCACGGGCGGGCCGGUAUGGAGAGAGAGUGAGUACGGGAAGCAGGCAAUGGGGAGACAGCUCGGCAGCGAGAUCCGGUGGAUGUGGUUUGUGUGUGUGUGCCACAGUUAAAUUUUAAACCAUUAUUGUUUGCCUUUUUCGUUCUCGUUGUAAGGCAUCGUUUCUAUCCCUAAGGGCGAAUGUGCCCUGUGUUGUGUGGUUUUUUGGGUUGAAUUUUCAUUUGGAUUGUGAAGAGCGGGCAGGGUGUCACCACAGGCAAAGCAAAACUAUGGGCAGAAAAGAAGUGUAUAGGUCGCGAAGCAAACCGUUGUGAUAUAUAUUACCAUAUUAAAUGUGAAAACAGAGAUGUGUUUUACCACCUUUCCUUUUUAUAGAAGAAGAGAGCUCGCUCGGUCUGGCCUGUCGCCUCCCCAGUCUCCUGUUUGUGUUUGUAUACUACCGGUCAACCAGUUACGCUACCUUACCUUUACCAACCCCUCUAUAUCCCCUGAUUUCGAUUGUCGAUUCGUUUAGGAGCCCGGGAUCACACGGACAGUGAGGUGGGGAUUGAAUUUUUUUGUUAAAUAUCCAUCAGUUAUGUAUGGUAUGAAGAGCGUAAUAUGAGGAAAAUGCGGACAGGAGACACUACUACUACUAGCUCGAAAAGGAAGACUUAAUACAAGAAAGUGAUGUGUGAUAACAAAUAUUUGGCUAAGGAAGGGCAAAAUUUCAUUUUAGGUUCGAUAGGCAAGCAGCGGCAGAUUCGAGGAUCGUGUGGAGAGAAUGCCAAUUUAGUAAGCUUUUUAAAAUCGAAAGAGAGGGAAGGAGGGACAUUAACACUAGCCUAGCGUUUAUGUUUAGAAGGGGAGGAAUAUGCUUUUUGCCAUGUGAUUUCUCAUGCGUAUUUCUCAUAUUAUUUUUUUGAAGGGGGAGCAGUUUCGUGUUGCCAGAAGAGAGAUACAUAGAGAGAGCGCGAUACAUUUAAUGCCUUGUUUUUUUAUUAUCAUCAUCCUCGCCGCGUUAGAAAAGGCUAAACGCGUGUCCUCAACGAUCAUUCUAGUCUCUGCUCAUUGGAACAAGGAACACACACACACAAUGUUUGCGAUUUCCUUGUACUUUUUUUUUUAGUACGACAACAACACCUUUUCUCUUAUACUGGGUCAUGCUUUCGUUUCGAGACUGCAUUGCAUGGUGGUGGUGUGUGUGCGUGGUAGAACCGAGACACUCACUGCAUAGGAUCAUCGUGGUGUGUCCUAAAAUAAUUAGUCGUUAGUAUAGAGAGAGAAACACACCUCCUCAGCCGAGGCAAAGUGUAAACAAGCAGAUAAUGCACGUCCGUAGGGGUGAUAGAACUGUAUGUGUGUGUUUAGUAAACCCUUAAAACACAGUGCGCAAUCUUGCAACACACACACACAUACACACUUACAUUACAAACACGCGAACAUGAUUAGUAGUAUACUGUAUAAUUAGUGGAAGAAACCUCACUCAGGAGAGCGACACAAGUUUGAUUUUUUGUACGGGAAGGAAGGGUAGCUCACUUUCCAAUAAGAAAACCUGUGGCGCCGUAAAGCAAAGCGUUAAGAAUGAUUAAGAAUAUCCCCAAUGAAGGAGGGGAGGGGAGGGGGGGGGGGAAUGCAAUAGAAUGUAGAAUAUAUAGUGCGUUGGCAGCAUUUCAACAGCGGCUUUCGGCAUGAUGGGAGUGUUCGCAGUGGUGAUCGUGAUCGCACACAUCACUACAUGAUCCUCAGUUGCUUUCAGCGAUCAAAUUGCUUGGUGUAGGCGUGUGUGUGUGUUUUGUCCAUUUUAGUACCGGGGGUGGCUGUGUGUGUGUGUGGCUUCCGUUUAUUUUUUGUAAUUAUGUUUCUUGUUUCUUCUUGUUGCUGCGCGAUCUACUUGAUCUACACUUGUCGCAUGUCUUCCAAUAGAUUCCGAUCGUAUGAUCCUUUUCUUACACACACACACACACACACACACACACACACACACACACACACACACACACACAACUUGGGACUGUGAUAUUCGAAUGGAAAUCUCCAAUGUUAUGCCACACGACGCCAACUUGCGAGGGAGAGACAUACCAUCGAGGCUUUUUUUGAUAACCUUCGUUUGCCUUCUAUCACAUUCUUUUUGGUCCAGUACCCUCCAAGAUUCUGGGGGAACAUUACUUCAGCAGUAUGAAAUACUGAACUCUCUAUUGUGUCUACACACACACAUGCACAUCCAUCCCUCUAUUCAUAUUUGUGUUAUACCAGAGGGAGAGGGGAUGUAUGGGACAUUGGAACAAAGUUCUUAAGCACUGGAAACGAUUUUUGCAAACUACUACAAACACAAAAAGCCGAGGGUGCACUGCUGCAACCGCACAUACUACACACUGCACUGCAGGGCAGCUAAAAUGUAAAAAAAAAACGCAUAAUGCUUGAAUGGUGUCAUAAAGAAGUCGCAUUAGAUCUCGCCCAUCAUACUAUGGGUCCGCUAAGCACUGGCAAUAGUUGUUGGGAGCGGGACAGUAACGGGCGGGGGAUCGUUUUGAGUGUGCCGUACUUUCGACGCAACUAAAAACCUCAUUAAAAUGUGUAAAGCAUUGGAAAAGCCAAUGGUGUGGUGUGUAUUUUUAUGCGUGGUGCGAAUUCUAAGAAUGAGGACGAGAAUAGUAUGGGAAGAAGAGAGAGAGAGAGGUGUUGUUUGUUUGAAUCAUUCGAAGAAGAUCAUACAACCGGUUUUAAGGAAACGCACACACACUCAUUCCUUACACCAUUUAUAGAAGGUAAAAUUGCUGUUGUGUUUAGUAGCUGUUAGAAAGUACCCAACAAAAUGCCACAACAAGAAACACACACACGUGUAGCAGGAGAGUAGCGCGCGAGAGUAGAGAGGAGCGUCAUGGAAGGUACCUCUUAAUCAAAAGUAGUUUUUAACAAGAGAGAAAGGAACGGCAAAAAAAAGCACGCAAAACAUUAUUAUGAUCUUCAAAAUUAUGCCCGUGUGUGUGUGUGUGUUUGUAGAUAUUCAAAACACAGACACUGCGCUACCGGAGGAGGAGCCCAUUGAGAAAGAUAGUAGAUUGCUUGCUUGCUCCUCUUCCUCACCAAACAACUGGUUGCAGACGCUUAACCUCUACCCUCUCCCUCCCCUGCAUAUAGCCCCCUCCCUUUAGAAGGGUAUUUGUAGAAAAAUAAAAUGCAAGCUAUAGCCAACACACACACACACACACACACACACACACACACACACACACACACACACACACACACACACACACACACACACACACACACACACACACACACACACACACACACACACACACACACAAGCAAACAUUAUUAAAAGUAGGUUGAAAAAUAGCGCAAAACAAAGCAUCUGAAAAAAUGACAAAAAAGAAAAAAAAAACAUAAAUCAGUCUUAUAGAAGAAGGAUAUGGAUAAGAAGCAAACACAGGUCGUGUAAUACACAAUAGAAAGCUCUGUUCAAAACAGAGUGUAAGCCAGAGGCCAGAAAACAAAAAGAAAACACUUUAAACAAAUCUAAUUCAUAAGGAAAGAGAGAGAAAGAGAGAAAACCAUUAGCAAUGAUACAGAAAAGAGAGAAGGAGAAAAAAGGAACGUUUUUAAAACAAUAAUAAUGUAAAACAACAAGCAAACAAACAUACACACGCAAACAUAGAAAAAGAAAGUAGAAAUGAUGUGUUACACAAAGCAGAAAAUAAGAAUCAUUACAUUGCAAAUAGAAGAAGCAAACAAAAAGAAAGCAAAAAAACAAAAAAACAAAAGUAGAUACAAACCAGUAGUGUAAAACAAAACAAACAAAAAGAGAGCGUAAACGCAGUAUACACGUGAGAAAUUAGAUGAAGAAAAAAAGAAGCAAAAUCCCAAGCACACACACACCCAGACACACCGCCUACUACAACACAACCUACAAACAGCGCGGAUUGGUUAAAAAGGGGGAGAGAUUGAGUUUUUAAGCAAAAGAAGAAACAAAGUGUGCGUGUUGUUGCUCCCCCCCCCCCUCCCCCCCCCCCCCCCUUUGAAGUACUAGAAGAAGGACGUUGUGUCAAAGAAGGAGUGUGCGGGAGCGUGUGAUGACAGAGUGAGGUCAGUUUGUGGCCUGCGCCAGGGAGGAAAAGAAGCAGCUAAUAAAGGAAGGUGAUAAUAUGUCCGUAAGACAGACGAGAACGCAGGGAACCGCAACUGGUUGGUGGAGUGUGUUUUAAAAAAGCAUCAAAACCCAUUGUACAGAGAGAGAGAGAGAGAGCGUGAGAGAGAAAGAGAAAGAUAAAGAGAAAGAGAGAGAGAGAGAGAGAGAGAGAGAGAGAGAGCGAAAGGAUGCGCGCAGAUUAAGAGGCCAACACGGGAGGACGAUUGUUACGAUUAUUGCAGGGAGGAGAAAGGAGGGUGGCACAAUGUUAUAUAGAGGUGUGAAUGAGAAGACGAAUUAACAUGAAAAAAGUUACUAAAGUGAAAGCGAAACGCACACACACACACACUUACACAGCGGUAGCUGAAGAAGGAUGUGAAAGUGAUGAAGGAAGGAAGCAAGGAAAACAACCGCAGAAGCGCGCAAAUGUGUGUUUUGUAAUGAUUUUCUUAAGAGCCGCGUGUUCUUGUUGUUACAACUGUGCCUGUUUUUUGUCCUAUACCCCCCCCCCCUCCGCCCCAUCCUCGCGCUCCUCUUAAUUCCCCCACCCACCCAUCCACCUUCAAUGUGGUUGUGUGUGCGUGCGGUUAGUUACGGUUAAGUUUGUGACUUAUUAACUACUACUAUUAUUCUUAUUGGAGGACUUUUGUGCGCCGAGAGAGAUAGAAAGAGAGAGAGAGAAAGGAAGAGCUGGUUCCAAGUUGUUGCAUGAGUCAUCGUUUCGUUUAAUGAUUUAUAAUUGCGAUAAGGAAUGUUAGGAACACAAGUCCCACGGUGUGUGUUGUAGAGGGAAAAAAGAGAGAGAGAGAGAGAGAGAGAGAGAGAGAGAGAAAGAAAGAAAGCUAUGUUAUCCCCUCCCGCUCUCUUGUGUUUAAAGGCACACAGUUGUAUCAUUCAAUUAGUAGUGACUCUUCCCUCUUGUUCCCGUGUUCUUGUUUGAUGUAUUUCAUUGGAAGAAGAAUCAUUCGUACAGACACGGUGGUUUUGCACUCCCUCCGUCUUCGUCUCUCGCCUAUCAUAUGUUUAUGAGAAUCAAAAAAUAAUUAAAAAAAAAAAAACAUGAUUUCGAUCCCGUUUAACGUUGACGAAAACUGACACAGAAGAAAAGGCGCCCGCAGCAAAACAGAUUUCAGUGAACGUGCGUGCGUGCGUUUUUUCUUUCUUUUCUUUUCAAUUGUGCGGGGGAGACAGUGAGAGAGAGAGAGAGAGUGAAAGUGAGGGCUGUAACACAAACGAAAUGAUAACACUAUUGCUAUUACUAUUUGUUUUAGUACGCUAAAAGAGCUGUGUGUGUGCGUGUGAGUGGGGAUAAGAAGAGAGAGGAGGAGCCACGUGGCGGUUGAACAGCGGCGCACCUUCCUAUUACUACUAUUAUUAUUACGAUUAUUAUGAGUUAGCAGUUACACACACAUUUAUGAGAUGAUUUUUUUUUUGUAUAAAGACACAACAACACAACAACCCAAUCAGUAAAAUAAAAAGAAAACAAUAUCUAA